GGGUUGGUGAGCCAUGGCUGCGCCGCCGCUAGAGGAAUUCCAUGCCGUGAGGCCGCAGGCUGCGGGGAGAAGACAGCGAGCAAGGGUCGUCUUCCUUGCGGGAUCAUUUGUGUUGGGACUCAUUGCCGUCAUGGCGCUCGUUGCUCCUGGCAAGAGUCACCCCGAGUCUCGUUCCGUCUCCAAGUUGUUUUCGAUGCCUUCCAUCUCUCUUGGCAUCAGGGAGCACGAGGGAGUCCCUGCUCCGAUCGCCCCUGCCGAUCGUGAUCCCACCAGCAAGAUCGCCAAGGGAACGAACCCCACUAGCCCCAUGCAGCUUGACACGCAGGCUACCGCGCGGUAUAACUAUCAGAUGGGCAACGACCUGACAUGGCCGCCACACGACACCGACUACAUUCCCACCGGCGCAUACUCUGCUGGGUACAAGGGACCGUAUGACAACGACUACAACUGGCCGGACGACACCCAGGUUCUCCGCAAUGAUGAGUGGGUGCAAGCUGGUGGCGUCGGCUGUGGAAUGACAGGAAACAAUUGCUGAUGUUGUCAUCAAGUUAUUUUAAGCUCGGAAAGGGUUUCUUUUUUCCAACCUCGUGUCUCUUUGCUUCGCCGAGGGUUGUUGUUGGAGCUCUCUUAAAGUCGCUAGAAAACUCUCGUGUGGAGAAUGCGGUGCGGUCGCUGUUUAUUGAUUGAAAAAGCCUUGUGUAGUAU